GUUCUCUCUUCAUAGUGUGUGGGAGAGAGAGAGAGAGAGUGAGUAAGAGAGAGAGAGAUAAUGGUUUCCAGGGUUCACAAGAGAACAUCACUGUGUAGGAGCAUACAACAGCUUCGUUCAAUCACAAACUCCCAUGCGCGUCGUAGAACCUCUGUGAUACUGGAUGCAUCGGAGUAUAUACGUGGUCUAAAGCAAAAGUUGCAAGAACUGAACCAAUUAGCAGUUGCUGCAGCCCAAAAUGUCAUUGACUAUGGUCCAAUGCCUAUGCUUAAAGUGGAACAGCAAGAGGAGGGGUUUAUGAUAAAGGUGCUGAGUCAAAGGAGUUGCCAGGGGUUGUUGGCGUUCAUAUUGGAAGCCUUUGAAAGGCUUGGUCUAGAGGUUCUCCAGGCUAGGGCUUCUUGUGUGGACACCUUCUGUUUAGAAGCAUUUGGAAUCAAAGAGAACAAUCAAGGUACCCAUCUUGUGAAUGCACGAGUAGUUGAGGAAGUAGUGUCUCAGGCUAUACAAAAUUGGAGCGAAGUUACAAAGCAACAUUGAUCCAAGUAUCCAACAAUAAACGUGUUCUAAUAAGAACAAGUUUUCUUUUCAUUAUUUUAUUUUUGGGUGGGUUUCCCUUCCAGUUAAUUUUAUUGUUUCAUCCUUCAAAUGGGUUGGACUGUUUGCCUUCUUAGCCCAAUCUAGUGAUUAGAUGUGUGUGGUAUAUAUCUUAUGGCAAUGGUGACCAAUCCUCGGAGAUUAUCAUAUACAUCGCAAUAUUAUUUUGUUUUUCUUCCCUUUUGAGUAUGUGU